UGACAAACUAGUUAAUGGAGAGGAAACAUAUUUUAUCGACGAUUUUGUAAACUUUCGUAUUUAAAUUAGUGAUCAGUUAAUAUUGGGUUUACAUAAUUAUUAAACAUAAUUAGGACAGUAUUUGCAGAAUGUCUGACAGGUACUACCGAUUGGUAACAUUUGUAAUAAACAUUUGUCCGAAGCCAUUGCGUGGCCUUUUUAUCAGUAAGGCAAAACAAGAUAAAAACACCCAAUACACAACUUUAAAAGACUACCUUGUGUUUCGCAAACAAGAUAUUGAUACAUUGAAAAGCCGUAACAAAAUCAGCACCGAUCAGUGUGAUCACAUUUUUCCGUCUGACGGGAUCGUAGAUAUUCAGACAUGGGACAUUACGUUAUUAUCAGCCUUAUUGAGAGGUUUAUUUAAGACUGAGCUCGAUUGUAGUGAAAUACGUUGUAUCGAUGAAAUUACAACUACUCGUAACGACCUGCAGCAUAUUUCAGGCACUGAGUGUAUUGAAGCAGAACAGUUUGAUUUGUUGUGGGAAAAUCUCAAAAGGGCAGUCUUAAAGCUUGCGGAAUGCGCUGGAGCUCCUGAAAAAAGUUCGAUAGAAGAAGAAAUUAAGAAGUCUUUAACAGAAAAUAUGCCGAAUCUUGGAGAUGUUUUACGAACAUGGCACAAAGUCUUGUAUAUACAACUCAGUUUACAAAACAAGAAACUGGAGGAGGAAUUAAAAAAACAAAGCUCAAAGAUACGAAAUGUUGGGGCUACGUCUGCAAAAUCAAAAACUAUACUUCUAAAAGCAUCCAGGAAAACACAGGGACGCUCAGUGUAA